AUGACGAAAGAUAUAUUCCAAAGCGGCAAAAGUUUUGUAUUCGGCGGUCGUCCCCACAAAGGGCCAAUGCAAGCUCUAGGUGGUACUAAAGGACAGAUGGUCAUCGGUGAUGGAAUGAUGCCAUUGAUGUACAAUAUCGCCAUAGAGGUUGCAGAAAAUGCCACCAAACGCGGCGAACCGACGUUAACAGAGGCCCAGAUUAAUCAAAUGAAGGAGAUUGCUCCUCCCAGCGAUGAAGCCAGUCCGCUCUCUGGACUGAAUACCCUCAGCAUUAACUUCCUCAGCGGUUACGAUGCGGAUCGGCCGGAUAUGCCAGUCCAAUUGAUUUAUGAGCCUGCAGACUACCGGCUUUUCUACACGCCGGAGAACCUGGUUGACCCUGCGACUGCUUGGAUUGCUGCUGCUAGGGCGCAUUGGGGCAAUGGACCUUCUUUGAAUAGAUCCGGUUCCAUGUAUGCCAGUCAUCACCGGCGUGCAAUGCUUUAG